AGCCGCUGCUUGCCGUGGUAAAAGCAGCCCAUAGUCUCAGUGUGCGCACUGACAGCAUGGCAGGAGACAGCGACAGCAAGUUGGACAAUCAAGCCGAAAAUGAGCAUGUUGUCAGGCAACCUUUCCUCAUCGGGGUAGCCGGCGGCACUGCCAGCGGCAAGUCAUCAGUUUGUGGGAAGAUUAUGGAGCUCCUUGGCCAGAAUAAGAUCGACCAUCAUCAGAGGCAGGUGGCCAUCCUCAGUCAGGACAGUUUCUACAGGGUACUGACCCCCGAACAAAAGGCCAAGGCUCUAAAAGGACAAUUUAACUUUGACCACCCAGAUGCAUUUGAUAAUGAGUUGAUAGUCAAAACCCUGUGUGAUAUCAUGGAGGGAAGAACGGUCCAAAUUCCAGUCUAUGACUUUGUUACCCAUUCAAGGAAAGAAGAGACGGUUGCUGUUUAUCCAGCAGAUGUGGUUUUAUUUGAAGGCAUUCUAAUGUUUUAUUCGCAAGAAAUCCGAGAUCUGUUUCAGAUGAAGCUGUUUGUGGACACGGAUGCAGAUACACGUCUGUCACGCAGAGUCCUGAGAGACAUCAGUGAGAGAGGCCGUGACCUAGAGCAAGUGCUAAACCAAUACAUAACAUUUGUUAAGCCUGCCUUCGAGGAGUUCUGUCUGCCAACAAAAAAGUAUGCUGAUGUGAUCAUUCCAAGGGGAGCUGAUAAUCUGGUUGCCAUAAAUUUGAUAGUGCAGCACAUUCAGGAUAUUCUGAAUGGUGGCUUGACCAAACGCUUGAAUGGAUACCUCAACGGCCACAACACGCCGCGUAAACGGCACCCCUCAGAGUCCAGCAGCAGGCCACAUUGACCAGCCCUCUACCAGGACAUCAGGGAAUGCAAGAGAGAGUGAAUGUUUGAAGGAUGGAUGCAAGAGAAAAGAAGGAUUGCUUGUGCAUUUUGUUUAUUAGCCAACACUGUAUAAGACAAAAAGAAUCAAGAAUUUCAAAGACUGCCUUUUAUUUCAUUCUACUUCCUCCUUUUUUUUUUCUUUCUUUUUUUUUUUCUUCUUCUUUUUUUUUUUUUGGACUGGCUACACUUGAUGUUUUAGAAGUUAGAUAGAUGAAUAGAGCUUCUAGUUCUGUGAUUGUUAAAGGUCAAAAUGGAUAUUUCCUCACUAUUUAUUUUACCAUUUUUUUUUUAUUUUAGUUUUUGUACCUCUUUAAGGGAAGGUUUGUUGAAUAAAAGGGGGGACGCAGAUAAUUAAAUAUUUCAUGACUCCAUGGUAAUGAGGAUUGAACAUAAUUUAAAAAUAUAUUAUUAUAGUUUUCUUUGUUGAUCCUUUUUCCUAUCAGAAAGGACUACAUUUGCACAUUUAUUUAAAGAACCUUUUAUGAUUUUAAAUCACUGGAAAGUCCUUUUGAGGUCAAAAACAGUUGAUGUUUUAAAAAUUCCUUUUGUUUCUUCUUGGUUGUCAGUAAUGGAAUAUCAUCUUUAGUAUUCUGUCAUUAUUGAUAUGAUGUCCCUCUAAGAUCAGUGUUUCUUGCAGAAGGCUAAACAUUUAUUCCUCCAUUUCACUUGAACAAUUCAGGCAGUGUUGCAAAGUCACAACAGGCCUCUCAGGGUGUAGUUACUACAAAUGAAAACAAUAACUCACUUUAGUCCUAAAAGGAUAGAGAAAUAAAUGUAUUCUACAUUUCUACAUUCAUCACAGAAAACUUCAGAGACCACACCUCUAACAUAGAAAGGGCAGAAAUAAGGCUAACUAAGCAAGACUAAAUUUGCUUAUGUGGUCCAUAUAUAUUGUACAUUUAUCAUACUUGGUUCUGAAUUACAAUUGAAGCACUGUUGAGUGUUACAGUGGCCACACAGACUCAAUCCUGGCACCUCUUGAAUAUUUACAGGGAUGCCAACUGAUCCUCAUUAAGCAUGGUCAUGUAUUUGAAAACAAAAGUCCAGUGGUUGAUUGUGCAGCGUUGCUUUGGAGUGUUAGCAUGAAUAGUGAUCUAUUUGUCAAGAGAUUUAUGUUCAUAUACUAUGCUAUGCACUGUAUCCUUGACUCUACUAUUGCAAUUUGACACUCAGUUUAUGAUUCUCUUUAAUUAGACUUGUGAGAGGCAUUUAUACAAUUGGAGAUGCUUACUUGAAUGGAAUUCUCAGUCUCUUCAUCCUUUGCAAUGUUUUUUUUUUUUUUUCACAUUGUUGUUGUUUUUGUGUCAGUUUUAAACUAAUCUAACCACUAUUUAACCUGUGUUGUGACUUCAUAGAUGCCCAGGCUACCCAUAAUAUUUACACCAUGAUGCCACAUUGGUCAGUCUUUGAGAAACUCACCAAAGAGUUUUGGUUUUUGUGUUUUUCAACAUAUGUGUUCACAAUUCAAGUGGUUUAAUUUUCAUACGCAAUACAUAUUUUCCCCUGUACCUUGGUUUUCUGUAUCUUAGAGCUACAAGAAAGCCAUUUCAAGGCACUCUGAAAUCAUGCAGGGAUUUGAACCUGAACAAUCCAACCUUUAAACCCAUAUAUCUUCCCUUUGAUCUUAAAAUCUUUCACUUAAAAUUGGUUAAUCAUUCACACUGUUCUUAUUCAACAUAAUUUUUUUUAUAUUUUAUUUAUUCUUUCACAUUGCUGCUAUUAUACAGGGUGACUCAUCUACAGUCUUAUGUAGAACAUUCUAAAUGAUCCAUUACUGAAUGAUGUGAAUAUUUAUUUGAUUGAAUAUGAUUAUUUUGCUUUGACGUCAUUUAAACAUCAGGUUAUUACAUUUAAUCAGAGUCAUCAUCAUUUAUAUCUGGGCCAGAUGCAAAGAACUAAUUUCACGAAUUGAAUACUUAUUUAGUUCAUUAAAUGUGUGAUUCUGUUGGCAUGGUCAUAAAUUAAUUUGAAAUUUCUUACUAGAUGCUUCUCAAGAACCAGUUUGAAACCUCUGCAACAAAUUUUGUGCCAUCAUAACAUUUUUGCAUGUGAAAUUACAGACUGUUCCUUUUUUUACAUUAGCUAAAUAUUGUAAAUAUUACUUUUCUAAACAACACUUCGUUACUCAUCCAGGCUGUUGAACAGAGAUAUUAAUACCUCUCAUCAGGUUUUUGAUAUAUUAGCACAGAUUUAAACACCAGCUUUUAAAAAUGCAGUACACCUUACAAACGAUUAUUUUCACACAACCACGCAGUUCAUCCCUAAAUAAAAUCAUGAUUUCAUCUCGUUAUCAUUUUACCAACUUACACACCCAGUGUGUAAUCCUACUUGACUGAAAAUGAUGCAAAUACAACAUUGUUUUUACUGAAAUUUGUGGGAUUCCAAAGAUUUAAGCUGUUGUCAUUGUUUAAUGUACAAUCAAUUAGCUGGCUCCCACACUACUGUCUGUGAUUAUAGCAAAUACCGAUUUUACCAGAAUAUUUGACCUAUUUAUGUUGACAUUAAAGAAAUCAUAGUCUGGAACAGAUUGUCUUGUUGUGAAGAGGAGAGACUUUGGAAGGGAUUUCAAAAGAAUGGUGUUUUGCAUGAUGUAUCAUAAGCCUAUAUGUUCAAUUAUUGAUGCCUUUAAGUUUUGGUGCUUGCAAAAAGGGUGCAAAAAUGCAAAGAAAGCCAAAACCAUACCAAAACUGGAAAAGACUGCAUGCUUUUGUUGUUGGACCAAAUAGAACUACAGUUGCAAGGCUUUAAAACAGCAUUUCUGUGACAUUGCAAUGAGUAUUAAUAACACUUUAUCUUGAAACGUUAUUCUUGAAGCUGGAGAUGGGCUUUUUUCCUUUUUAAGUGUCUCUGUGGUUUAAUAAAUCCAUAACUGUAUCAUCAUGUAAAUGUGUAAACAAUCACAGAAAGUUGUAUAACAAAGUGGUUGACAGCAAAGCUGAAUAAAAAAGUUUUUGUACUCAUA